GUGUGGGUGGUGGUGCCCUAAAUGGCCUCGAAGCAAUGUCAGCCGAAUCGACUGGCCUGUGUUUACAGGAUUUGGUUAGUGCUGGUACAGCAGCGGGUGCUGGUUCCACCGGCUCUGCAGAAAGUGCCACCACAACCAGUACAGCGAUGAGUAGUGGCAGUACCACGGGAAGUUCAACUGUAAACAGUAAUGCUUCGGUGGGUGGCGGCAGUGACCACUUGCAUAAUCAUCAUAGCCUCCACGAUUCCAGUUCAUCGGUUAGCAUUUCACCUGCCAUUUCGAGCCUCAUGCCAAUCGGUAGUCUGAGUCAUUUACAUCAUGGCGGUCAGGAUUUGGUUGGCGGCUACUCGCAACAUCCACAUCAUAGUGUUGUACCCCCGCAUCAUACACCGAAACAUGAACCGUUGGAAAAGCUCCGAAUUUGGGCUGAGACUGGUGAUUUUCGUGAUAGUCAUAGUUCUAUGGCCGCUGUAGCAAAUGGCUUGGAGCCAUCCCAUUUAAAUAAUUUCCAAAAUUCAUCGUCAUCAACAUCGAACUUGGCCAAUCGGAGUAGAGAUCGUAAGGAUGGUAAUAAUCGUUCCCUCAAUGAAACAACAAUUAAAACGGAAAACAUAUCAAAUUCCGGACAUGAUGAACCGAUGACAACGACCGCCGAUGAACCGAAAAACGAUAAGAAAAAUAAACGUCAACGACGUCAGCGUACACAUUUUACAUCACAGCAAUUACAGGAGCUGGAGCAUACCUUUAGUCGUAAUCGUUAUCCGGAUAUGUCGACACGUGAAGAAAUUGCCAUGUGGACAAAUUUGACGGAGGCCCGUGUUAGGGUGUGGUUCAAGAACCGUCGUGCCAAGUGGCGUAAACGUGAACGCAAUGCCAUGAAUGCUGCCGUUGCUGCGGCCGAUUUCAAAUCUGGCUUCGGCACCCAAUUCAUGCAACCAUUUGCCGAUGACUCCCUCUAUUCAUCGUACACCUACAACAAUUGGACCAAAGUUCCCUCACCGUUGGGCGCCAAACCAUUCCCAUGGCCUGUCAAUCAUUUGGGUUCGAUGGUCACAACAAAUCACCAUCAGAAUUCGGUAAAUUGUUUUAAUACUGGGGCCAGUGGUGUGGCGGUCAGUAUGAAUAAUUCCAUGUUGCCCGGCACUAUGGGUACCACAUUGACAAAUAGUAAUGUUGGAGCUGCACCCUGCCCCUAUAGUACACCUGCCAAUCCAUAUAUGUAUAGGGCGGCGGCCGAGCCCUGUAUGACCUCAAGUAUGUCAUCGAGUAUUGCAACGCUGCGCCUGAAGGCUAAACAACAUACAACCGGUUUUAGUAGUCCCUAUUCGGCACCAUCACCCGUGUCGCGUUCCAAUUCGGCGGGUCUAUCGGCAUGCCAGUACAGUGGGGUGGCUGAUGUUGUCUGAGAAAACGCCCUUGGGGCUUUGCUGAAUCAACAUCAACACCAUUUGCAUAAUUUU